GUUUUAAAAUUCAUAAUUUAUUGAGUUAAUAUUUAUGGUUUUACUGUGCUGAAUUGUUUGGUAUUCAAGUUUACUAUUUUCCAUAUCUCAGCAUCUUAUGUCCAGUCACAAUUCAACCAGCUACACUCCUAAAACAGACAUGCUCUUUUCUAAAACUGAGAACAGCUAGAGAAUGUGCUCAUCUUUUCUAGGCACUAAGAGAAGAGUGGUGGAGUACAACUUUCCCAGGGAAUGCAUCCAAAAAUUCUUCCCUUCCAGGAAGUGCUUCACUUUCCCCUUUCCAACCGCCCCAGAAAAUAUGUCUCGCCUGGGGAACUUGGAUUCUGCUGACAUUUCCUCUGAGUUCUUGAAGGUCACAGAUCAUUUCUGCAAAUUUGUCUUUCAUGACAGCUGUGUGAAGAGGCUGAAAGAUGGAUACACAGUCACUGGAAGAGUUCUGGGUCAUCUGGCUAAAACAUAUGUGGACACCAUCUCAAGUGGGGCUGUGCCAUGUCUGGAGAAUGCUGUAAUAGCAAUGGCAAUGAUUGAGAAUGAGGCUGCAGUGGAGGAGGGUCUUCAGGUUUACCAAAGUGGAAUGGAGAAGCUGAAGGGCUCCUUUCCUCUGGAACUGAAGGAUGUGUCCUCAAAACACCAACAUCUUAGCAUCGCAGCAACACAAGCCUUCAUGAAGCGUUCCUUCAAGGACACUGAUGGGAAGUACCUGAAAUCUUUAGAGGAAAAGAUUAUUAAACUCUUUGAUGAAUACCUGUGCCAAAACGAACAAGCUUCAAAGAGACGAUGUGAGGAAAUCCUGUCAUCCCUCUCUGCACCAAUGAUGGAAAAACUCAAGAAGGGCUUCUAUACCAAACCUGGUGGCUAUGAUCUCUUCUGUAAAGAUCUGGAGGACAUUGUGAAGCAAUAUAUCAGCCAGGCCAAAAAAGAAGUCAAGACUGAAGAGGUCCUAGAGGAGUUCUUAAAGCAGAAGUCUGUGGAUUCUGAAGCCAUUCUGCAGGCCGACAAGAAACUGACUGAGAAGAAGAAAAAGAUUAAAGAGGAAAAAGAGAAAGCAGCCCUCCUGAAGCAGGAAAUUAAAGCUAGAGAUGAGAAGCAGCAACAACUAGAAGAGAAGAUGGAAGCAGAGAGACUGAGUAAUGAAGAGAGGAUGAGACAGAUGAAGGAGAAGAAUGAUGAGGAGAUGAGACUUCAGAGAGAGGAGGCUGAGCGUGCCAUGAACCGUAAACUGAGGGAGCAGGCUGAUCUGCUGCAGAAGAGCUUUAAGGAGAAGGCAGACAGGAUAAGACAGGAGAUUGAAGAGAUAAAGAGACGGAGUUAUGAAGAGAGGAUGAGACAGUUCAAGGAGAAGAUUGAAGCAGAGAGACCGAGUAAUAAAGAGAUGAUGAGACAGAUGAAGGAGAAGAUGGAUGAGGAGCUGAGGCUUCAGAGAGAGGAGGCUGAGCGUGCCAUGGACAGUAAACUGAGGGAGCAGGCUGAUCUGCUGCAGAAGGGCUUUAAUGAGAAGGCAGACAGGAUGAGCCAGGAGAUUGAAGAGUUAAAGAGAAGGAGCACUGAAGAGAGGAUGAGACAGUUAAAGGAGAAGAUGGAAGCAGAGAGACUGAGCAAUAAAGAGACGAUGAGACAGUUGGAGAAGAUGGAUGAGGAGCUGAGGCUUCGGAGAGAAGAGACUGAGCGUGCCAUGAACCGUAAACUGAGGGAGCAGGCUGAUCUGCUGCAGAAGGGCUUUAAGGAGAAGGCAGACAGGAUGAGACAGGAGAAUGAAGAGUUCAAGAGACGGAGUUAUGAAGAGAGGAUGAGACAGUUAAAGGAGAAGAUGGAAGCAAAGAGACUGAGCAAUGAAGAGACGAUGAGACAGUUGGAGAAGAUGGAUGAGGAGCUGAGGAUUCAGAGAGAGGAGGCUGAGCGUGCUAUGGACCGUAAACUGAGGGAGCAGGCUGAUCUGCUGCAGAAGGGCUUUAAGGAGAAGGCAGACAGGAUGAGACAGGAGAAUGAAGAGUUCAAGAGACGGUGUAAUGAAGAGAGGAUGAGACAGUUAAAGGAGAAGAUGGAAGCAGAGAGACAGAGUAAUGAAGAGAGGAUGAGGCAGAUGAAGAAGAAGAUGGAUGAGGAGAUGAGGCUUCAGAGAGAGGAGGCUGAGCGUGGUAUGGACAGUAAACUGAGGAAGCAGGCUGAUCUGCUGCAGAAGGGCUUUAAUGAGAAGGCAGACAGGAUGAGACAGGAGAUUGAAGAGUUCAAGAGACGGAGUGCUAAAGCAGAAACUAACGGAGCUAGAGAGUUUGCAGUGAUUUUAGAAAACUCCAAACAGACACAUGAGGAGUUUAUGGCUAUGAUGAUGCAGCAGACGAGUGCACGCCCCUCAAGCCCCUGUUGCAUCAUGUAA